AUGCUGUUCGGGGUAGCUUUGCUCUUUCUAGGAGCUGUCGCUGCCAACCCGGUCAUACCCAGGGAAGAUGGUAGCUCUACUCCCACUCCCACUCCGACUAUUUCAAGUAGUACACCCAUCUCUGCGCCAUCCGAUGCAUGCGCCACCUCAUCAACAAGUAGCCAGUGGCUAAGCGUAUGCGAUACCACUAUUUUCUGGCCAACAUCGACCAACUACUACUACGGCCCGACCACCGGCCCCGAGGCAUCCGCAGUCUCCUGCAAUGCCGAAUGGGUCGAAUUCGACGGACGCGCCACCGGCCUAGAAUCCCUCGGCGCAACGUCCACUUCCACCAUCUACAGUACCUACACCACCAGCACGGGAGCCUGCAACACCCAAAUCUGGGGCGAAGGCUGGGACGACCCCCACACAGGCCCAGUGACCACGCUAUGUGACGGGAUCCCCCGAGCCCUGGGUCCCCGAGAAUACUCGACCACAUACUGGCCAGGCACAGGACCCUGCAGCUCAUUCAUAGCGACCGAAACCACCACAACCCUAGUCUAUCGAUCCCCAUCACCAACGCCCAGCUGCUCGCUAAACACCGAAGAAUGCAUCCCUAUCUGGCAAACCUACACCAGCCUCCGCGACGCCUACUACGCCUCCAUCACAACCGCAACCCCAGGCGAUACCAACAGCCCAAUCGCCCCCGGAAGCUGUCCAUCCACGAAAAGGAACUACACAGAGCAGGACCCCUGCACAAACUGCCACUUUCUCCCCGGAACCGCAACCCUCUUCUACUGGCCCGUAACCACCACCAACGGCGACCUCUGUCUGCAGAACGGAAGCACCGUCCCCGCAACAGCCACCGGAGAAGGCCCCAACACAGCCAUCGUAAACGGCAACACCUUCGUCUCACCCAGCAUCUACGUCUCCUUCACAAGCAUCUACGCCCGCAGCAACCGACGCGCCCACCCCGGUGGUUCCUGCGGCGGCGAAUACGAAGACGUGAUCAUCUCCGUCGAUCCCAAGGCCGUAUCCUCCUAUCGCAGCCACGUCAACGCCAAAUACCCGACUAUCGGAACCGCGUAUCCCUUCGAGUACGAUGAGUUCCAGCCCCAUGAAGUCGGGAAUUAUACGAUGUCCCUGAUCCCCUGGGAGAAGUACCAGGGCGCCUCGCAGUGUCCGUUCCGUGGUGGGAAUAAGUGUACUAUGAUUCGGGAUGAUUAUAUGCCCUGGAUGGGUAUCCCGGAGGGUGUUAUGACCCAGAUCGACCCGAGAUGGACGGAAUGUGAUCGGGAAUGGUAUAUUCCGCCUGUGAGUAUGGUGCCUCUUGUGGGCGAUCUGGAGUCCCUGCCUACUGGGGCUGCGGAGGCGAGGGUUCCCACGCCUACGCCGGCGGUGCCUGAGUCGGGGGUUGCUGUGCCUACGCCAGAGGCUACUUUAUGGUAG